ACCCUGACUUAGCAUACACAUACACUAUAAAUAAGGUAUUUAGCAAAACUAUCUUGGUUUAUCAAUAAAAGAACCAAAGGUUGAGAGGUGAACUAAAGCUAACAUUCCUCAGGCACAUCCCAUCUUGUCAGCAAUGGCAGAGGCAAUCACUACAACAAAGAGGUAUGCAGUUGUAACAGGGUCAAAUAAAGGAAUAGGGUUUGAGAUAUGUAGGCAAUUAGCUUCUAAGGGAAUCAUAGUGGUGUUGACUGCUAGAGAUGAGAAGAAGGGUUUUGAAGCCCUUGAGAAACUCAAAAGUGAUGGCCUCUCUGAUCAUGUGGUGUUCUGUCAACUUGAUGUUGUGGACCCAUCUAGUGUUGCUUCCUUUGCUGAUUUUAUCAAGUCCAAAUUUGGAAGGCUUGAUAUCUUGGUGAAUAAUGCUGGAAUUGUUGGAGUCAAGAUGGACUGGGAUUCUUUGCAGUCAUCGGACGGUAGUUGGGAAGAAGUCGCGAGCUCAAUGAAAAAAAUAACGACUCAAAGCUACGAGUUGGGUAAUGAAUGCUUGCAAACAAACUACUACGGCACAAGAGCGAUGACCGAAGCACUCAUUCCCCUCCUCCAGCUCUCUGAUUCACCAAGGAUUGUAAAUGUCUCUUCUGGGAUGGGGAGGCUACAGUUCAUACCAAGUGAAUGGGCAAAAGGAGUGUUGAAUGAUGUCGAAAGCCUUACAGAGGAGAGAGUAGAAGAGGUACUGAAUGAGUUUCUAAAAGAUUUCAAAGAAGGUGCGUUAGAAACCAAAGGUUGGCCUACUUUUUCAUCUGCAUAUACAGUGUCAAAAGCAGCCAUAAACGCGUACACAAGAAUUCUGGCCAAGAAGUAUCCCACAUUCCGCAUCAACUGUGUUUGCCCCGGUUGGGUUAAAACAGAUAUAAACAACAACAUCGGCAAAAAAACUACAAAACAAGGUGCUCAAUGUCCUGUGAAGUUAGCCCUGCUGCCUGAUGAUGGGCCUUCCGGCCUCUUCUUUAUUAACAAUGAACCAGCAUCUUUUGUAUGAGAAUUGUUUGUUUCAAUCUUGCAGAUAUACACACAUUACGUGACUUUCUACGCAAAUAAUACUCAUGUUAUUUGUACAAGUUUUGUUAUGAAUAGCUUGAGGCAAUAAAACUAUAUGGUGAAACCUAGGUGCAUUUUUAUUUUUAUUUUUAUAUAUAUGGUUCAUGUAAUCAAAAUUUAAUAUAUAUGAAAAUUUGUGCCUUUUUAUUU